AGUAUCUAAAAACCUCAACUUUAGAUAACAAGUGUUUAGGAUCUAAGCUGUUUAUUAGUACGGGCAAAAACAUAUGAUAGUGAAUAUAUGUAAAUUUAUUUAAAACUUUACUGCAGUGAUAGUUUUUAUAUGCUAGAAUAAAUAAUGAUAUAGUGUAAAAAUAAACAUAAAUAAUGACAAUGUUAAUGAUGGAAAGAAUCGUAACGAACUCGAACCAUAACGCCCAAGAAGAAAAAGAUAAGUUGCAUCAAUCAGAACCUCAAAUAUUUCGAAGGAAAGCGAAAAGAAAAAUCGACGAUACAAGAGAUGUAGAAAUGUGCGAAAAUUCAGACGAAGAAGAUUUGAAUGUAGACGUCGAAAAUGACGACACCCUUUGCCCCGUCGACUUGACUCGAAGACAAGAAAAAUUUAGUUCUUUCGAUAAUUUUCACAAGACUGAUUCAAACAGUGGCUUUUCCAGUUACAAAGACGACAGAAAGAGUCCUAAAAGUGUUUGUAGUGAACGUAGUAGAUCAAGAAGUCCCAGAGACCAAAGUCCUUCGGUAGUGCCUAUUCAGAAUAGACGGUUAGCGUUUUCCGUUGAAAAUAUCUUGGACCCUAAUAAAUUUACGGGAAGGCAGACUGUUUAUAGUGACGGAUUCUGUUGUUGGAAACCUUUAGAUGGAUCCAGCGGAUCACCUGAAUACGAAGGAAGUGACGCAGGUAAAGACCAUCAGUCAGACGACGAAGAAGACAUUCAAAGUGAUAUAAGUGAGGAUUCCAAAGAUCCCUCCAAAAAGAAAAAAAGUGACUCGAAAUCGCAAAACUCCGGCAAACCUCGACGAGCAAGAACUGCAUUUACUUACGAGCAAUUGGUAGCGUUGGAAAAUAAAUUCAAAACAACAAGAUAUCUCAGUGUAUGCGAACGAUUAAACCUAGCGAUAAGUCUAAGUUUAACCGAAACACAAGUAAAAAUAUGGUUCCAAAACAGAAGAACGAAAUGGAAAAAACAGAAUCCUGGGAUGGAUGUUAAUUCGCCCACCGUCCCUCCUCCGAAUGUCGGUUCCGGCGGAUCCUUUCCGGGAUUCCAUCAUACACAUAAUGGUUUACUUUAUGGACAUCAUGUUCCUUACGGUGGUGUUUAUCCUCUGCAAACAACUAGUGCUAGUAGUUAUUCGCCAUAUUUUCAUUUAGCUAAUCAUGGCCAUAACUUAGGUACUUGAACCUAGUUAAUGCAUUAGUAUAUAGCUUGGGUUAAUUAGUUGUACACACAGACAUAUGUAAAAUAUCUAAAAAAAUCACUGAUUGAAAUUGAUGAGAGUAUCUUUCCAUAUUGAAGACUUUGUUUAUACUAGUUCUACACCAACACUCAAUUACAAUCUCUGAAGGCGAUAACUUGGUUACGUUAGGUUCAGACAGUGUCAUUGUGAUUAUUGGUGUAUUGGUAGUAUAAAGAGUGUGUUUAGUAUGAAUAUUAUAAAUGGUUCCAGAAAUUCCAACUUAUUUAUAUCCUUCUUUGAUUGUUCUGGAAGAGUAGUAAUUCGUAAAAUGAUGGCAAAUCAUUUGGUUGUAGUUCCAACAAUUUUCCUUGGUAUAAUUAAUAAUAUACUGCUUUCCACAAUUCUUUAAAGAAUAAAUCUCAACAUUUCUGAAUUCACAUUCAUUUCAAGUACUGUACACAUAUGUAUAUUGAAGCGUCAGUUUAUUUGACUCAAAUAACUCUAUAAAUUCGACUCUUCACUUAUUAGGCUCUUAGUUUCUUCCUGGGUCAUGCAAAAAAAAGAUGCACAACAGGUAUUCAAUGAUGAUACUUUUUUAAAGAUUUUGUUGUCUAGCACUAGUCUGCAUCUUCUUGGAUGAUAUAUGGAAAUAUAUGUACAUGUGAAGCCUUCAAUAUUUUCAUGAAACUUUUGGAAAUUACACUCCAAAUUAUUCUCUAUUUCAGCGAUAAUUACUGCAUCAUUAUCAUAGUAUAUAGUAUGCUUAUUCCAAUGUAUUCAAAACGGUAAUUUUUCUUCUUAGUUUUGUCGUCUGUCAUUUUAGCUUUAGUUUAUGUUGACGCUCCCAUGCUAUCUUGAAAUUUUUAAUAGCUCAAGUCGAAAUGAAGUAUCAAAUCUUUAUUUAUGCCUACAAAGUAGGAAAAAACUGGACAAAAUCUAACGUUGGAUACAUUCACUAGACAUGAAUAACGACAAAUUUUCGUUAUUAUCAUUCGUUUUACGUUUAUUCAAAUUAUCUACCCCAAUUUCUAGAAGUAUAGAGAACUUUAUAUGAUCUACGUAUUAUCAUUAUCAUCAUUAUUUAAUUUUAAUCUUAAAAACUGAAUUUUUGUGACAGGAAAGGAGUAUAUUAUGAAUACAAAACAAAUUGAUCGAUUAUUAUGAAUGAACGAGACUUCAUCUUUUCGACUGAUUACUGAUUCUCUUCUUGGCAUAUUAUCAACUAACCUUUGGAAAUCAUAUGGUGUAAAGCUAUUCAAAAUUUAUUGGAGACAGGUUUGUAAUUCUGUAACGGUCCUUGCAGGAUUCGAUAUAAGCUUUUUCCUCAUGCUAGGCCCCAGGUUUUCAAUCACUGCGAGAUCUGAACUACUGGACUUCCAUUUUGAAACUAGAAGAUUGCCUUUUGAAACUCAAACUUUUACUUUUUUAGCUGUAUGAUAAGCAGUACUAUCUUGUUGAAAAAUAUAUCCAAUAUUAUAUGAACACUUGUCUUAAAUUUGAGGCGUUGGAUUUAAAGCUCGUUAAGAUGCUUAUCAGCAUUCGUAAUACUUUCCAUGAAGUUUACUCCUUACGAUCAGAUAUAGAUUCCCAAAUCAUAACAGACGCUUUCUUUUCAAAAUAGUCAUUCUGAAUAACUUUCUUCAGUUUUUCUGACACAACUCUCCUAGUAUAAUAUUUUGGACGGUAUACUUCGACUUAUUAACACUGUCGACAAAUAAUAUUAUUUCUCUUAUGAUGGCUACUUUUACUUAAUUGAAGCCGAUAAACAGACCAUUCAACUUAUACUGUCUCCAACAUCUCUUUUGUUAAACAUUUUUUAUAGGCCAUUUCAACAUGAAAACUCUCCUAUUAUACUAAAUUCACAAAAAUUAGUUUUCGGGGAGUUGGACCAACGUCAUAAACAGAGCUCGUAUAAAAUGAAACUCAGAUCUAAAAAUUUGUCCCGAUUAUCUCAAGCCAUAAUAUAAUGAAAUUUAUUUAUUUGUAUUAUAAGACUGUAUAUCUUGAGCACAUAUUCCAAAAUACAAUAAAUUAUUGUUCACAAGCACAUUUAACUGAAGUACUCCUAGAAAUUUGGAGUAACAGCCAAAAUACUAACACUCUUACAGAGGUGUAAGGCUCAUAUUAUAUAGCCUUUUCAGUAAAAAGCUUUUAUUUAUAUGCACACUAAUCACCACGUACAUUAAAACACUUUUGGAACGAAGCUUCCAUAACUCAAAAGUUUGAAGACAGUCAUAUAAUGGAAUGCUUUAAAAAUAUUGAUAGAUUACUUCAACUAUCUUAUCUUCUCCUGUGCAGUGUGUGAGGAUGCAUUAUCGUGUGGGCGAAGAUUGACUAACGCAAAAAUUCUGUGGUAUUACUAAUUGGUGUAGUUGCUGAUUCAACACCAACAUUGAUGUCAAACAUUUGAUAGGCACAUCAUGGAUCUUCUUCGAUCAUAAGUAUCACUCUUUCAAUUCUUCCAGUAAUAACUGAAUAACAGGGCCUACCGACACUUGCCUCAUCACCAAAUGAUAUCUUUCUUGUUUUAAAUAGUUGGUCAUGAAGGACACUAAAUGCGUGGUGCAACAGUAUUAGGCUUUGUUGUUUACUUAAACCGACAUCACUAUUCACCCUGCGAUAGCCUCGAUUCAAUUGCAGUCAGAGCUAACUACUUAAGCAUAGUAGGAUGUAAAAAUGCAUUGCUGUUAGCUCAAACUCUCCUCUUUUUGUGGCAUCUCAAAAUAUAGUGUUGCACUCGUAUACAUUUACGUUAAUGUAUUCACUCAAGUUAGAGAUAGAUACUUUUCCUAGAAAAGAUUGAAACUAUCAUUGUAAUUUCCAUCAUUUCAACUGAUGCUCAAUUUUUUUCUUCAUAUACCUCAAUAGAUUGGGAAUUGAAUUACUUUCAUAUGUGCCUCGUAAGUUUUUCACAUCAAUGAUAGAUGACAUGAUUGAAUUAAUUUCUAUUCUAUUAUUAUAUUAUAAGAAUUAUAUUUCAAUUAUUUAAUUUAGAACAAUCUGUAUAGAAAGAAAAUUUAUUUGCUAGAAACUCAAAAUUUUCCAAUAGCUUGCAAAAUGCUUGUACAAACAUUUUCAAUCGAAGAAUUUCAACAGAGUCAAACUAAUCUGUGAAUAGAGUUUGUAUUUUGGAAUAUACAAAUUACUAAUAAAUUUUUAUGUAGCUAAAUAUGCUGUGCAAAAAUUAGUGUAAUAUAGUAAAAAACAGUUGUAGAAUUUAAUGCAUUUAUCAAUUGUACAUGAAUUUGAUCUUGUAAAUAUAUCACGCCUUCUCAAAAAUAUAAAA